AUGAGCGAUAACACAAAGGAAAAGAAGCGGGGCUUAAAUGACAGAAGAGCCGACAGCUUAGAACGGCAGAGGAGGAAAGAGCCCCCGCCGCCCAAGGCAGCCGUCAGGAACACGAACACGGCCUACCAGGAGGGCCAAAACGGAACCCAGACCCAACGACCUGUGACAAGAAAAGGCUAUACGGUUCAGAGCAGGGAAAAUUCGAGGUGA